GUCCAGCUGCAGCUCACUAAAGCCCAACAGCUCAGUACCGAACAAUGAAUUGGACCAGCAAUGUGCUGACUCCUGCCCCGACCCAUACCGGUACAGUUACAUCUCAGCACCAGCAUGUAUAAAUAGGUCCGUUCAGUUUGGGGUCAGGACGUCGUUUUUUGUGAACUCCCUGUGAGAACUGAGCGCCAAUCUUUGUUGAACAGUCAGGCAAAUCUUCACUGAAAUCCACAGUAGCAUGGCUCUAAACAAUCCCACCCCGCUGGGACCAUGGAAGAUCACAGUUUAUGACCAGGAAAACUUCCAGGGAAAACGUCUUGAGUUCACCUCAGCCUGCCAGAACAUCAUGGAGUGCAGCAUCGACAACGUCCGCUCCCUCAAGGUGGAGUGUGGGGCCUGGGCAGGAUAUGAGCACUCCAGCUUCUGUGGACAACAGUUUGUGCUGGAGAGAGGAGAGUAUCCUCACUGGGAGUCGUGGAGUGGCAGCAACGCCUACCACAUUGAGCGGAUGAUGUCCUUCCGGCCCAUCUGCUCCGCUAACCACAAGGAGUCCAAGAUGGUGCUGUUUGAGAGAGAGAACUUCAUAGGUCGCCAGUGGGAGAUAAACGAUGACUACCCCUCCCUGCAGGCAAUGGGCUGGAGCAACAAUGAGAUCGGAUCUAUGCAAGUUCAGAGCGGAGCCUGGGUUUGCUACCAAUUCCCAGGUUAUCGUGGUUACCAAUACAUCCUGGAAUGCGACCGCCAUGGUGGCGAAUACAAACACUACAGAGAGUGGGGCUCCCAUGCUCAGUCCUUCCAGGUGCAGUCGCUGCGUCGGAUCCAGCAAUGAGGCCUGCAGCCGCCUCUCCCUACCAGUCACUCUUCGCCUCCUCUUCUUCCUUCUCCCCUUAUUCAUAUUCCUCCAUUCACCCAGUCAUUCCUGCACCUUUUGGGGAUUCCCAAUUGAGAAGUUGACACAGUGUUUGUUUUGUUGCCGAAUAAAAAGCACUUACAAGGGAUGGAGAGGAGAAAAUAAAAACUGAUGCUGAGAAGCUCUGGACUGAUGCCCCAGGAGGAAAGAAGAAAAGGGAAGUAAAAAGCCUCACAGUGGCAACAGAGCAGCGGAGUCACUCAGGCAUUGCUGUGUAACUUCAGAUGUUUGUGGGUCACUAUGGUGAUGCCGGUGAUGAAAAAAGAAAGAAUGGGCAACUUAAAAUAAACACAAACUCAAACAGUCUG